AUAUAUAACGUCAAAGGCCGCUUCAUUUCAAAGAUGGCUGCGCCCAUGAACGUUUCUGGUGGCGGAGAAGCGGAGAAAAAAGAUGAGGAAAUUGACGUUUUAUCACCAAAUUUUAAUCCUUUAAAAGCUUUAUAUGCUUCGAAUGUAGCACUCCCAGUUUCUGAGGUGUCCGUGUUCAACAAUCUAGCUGAAUAUGAGCGGUUUAUGAGCAAAUCUGGAGAAGAGCCAAAAGCUCAAGAACAAAACUGUGCGCCUUUGUCGAGACGUGCAUUGGAGCGGCGACACUUAGAACACAUGAGAGAAAAGGAGAAACUGCUACCAAAGAGCACGUCCCAUAAAAAGAAUGUUAAUGUCUUGUCUCGUAUGGAGAGUCAUGAAACAAGAGAAUCUCCAUUGGACCUUCUGAGGCAGUGCGUUGAGAAACGAUGUAAGGUGAGGGUGUGCAUCCGCAGUUUCAAAGGGCUUCGUAGCAUCUGCAUUGGGUAUCUUGUGGCCUUUGACAAGAUCUGGAAUAUGGCUUUAUCAGAUGUUGUUGAAAUCUACAAGAGGCCUUCGACUGGGAAAAGAUUUCACCAUGAAGAAAAAGUGACAUACUCAAUGAUCAUGUCCAACUUGAAUCCACCACCACCAAAGAAGCCAGACCCUCCCAAGCCAUCAGCGCAGGAGCAAAAGGCUACUGAUGCCAGGAAGCGAGCUAAAGAAUGCAAAUUCUGCCGAAUCAAGCAUGAAGCUCUCAUGGAAGAGAGGGCCAGGAGAGAUCUCCAGGAAGCAGAGGUGGCUCAAGAUCAGUCAGCGAGUGAGAGUAGCAGUAGCGAUACAGACGAGUAUUCAACCACAGAUGAUAGUGAGUGUGAAGGAGGGAUGGAGAAAGGGAACAUGAAGAAGGGAGGCAAAAAACUUAAAAUGCCUAAAAAGAUAUCUGGCUUGUGUCCAAAUGGUCACAGGACACCAAGAAUUCAUUCUCAGAGACUUCAGUCCUCUAAAUGUGGUGAUAGUAAAUCUGGUAAGGAUUCAUCUAUAUGUAAAGCAGGAUCAACCGCAAAGACACUUUCCUCUGUUAACAAGAAAAUCACUCCAGAAUCAUCAGACUCUUUAUGGACCUCUGCUUCAAGUUCACAUUCUUCAUUAACAGAGAGAGACAGGGUGAGUACUAAAGAUGGGGUAUCUGUCAAAGAAGAGGUUUCUCAGCUUACUGCACCAACAAGAGAAUCAAAGAUAUCUGCAAAGGCUAAAAGCUCAUUAUCAUCAGCAUCAUUAAACAUGUCAGAUACGAGAAAGUCUGAUUUGCUUCUCUCUAGAAUGACUACACCGGCAACAAAGCAAGAAUCAUCUUUUGCAGGGUCUACAUUAUCAUCACAUACCAUAACCUCAUCAACCUCAGAGACAUCAUCUGCACCAUCGGCAGCAUCAAGAAAAUCUGCACCACCACAAAAGAUAACUAAAUCAUCAACUGUGACUUCAUCAUCUCUGUCACAAGCAUUUUCCAAAUCUCUUAAGAUAGGGAGACAGUCUGAGAAACCUAAAGACACAAAGAGUCGUGAAGAUCAGGAGGAGGUUGUCCAUCUGGAUCCAAAGACUGGUAAGCGGCUGAUUCAGCCAGAAGAGUUCAAGCGUCGUCAUGUCAACCAGCUCUUCAUCCGCGGAGACCAGGUGGUGUUGGUCUCGGUAGAGAGUGAUAUGGUGGUGGUGGAUUUAAAGAAGGCAGUUGAAAAGUUGGAGGCGAAAUCAUCUGCAAAGAGCAAGAAAAAAGAAAAUGAGUUACCCCUUGCAUGGAGAUGAUGUUGUUGUUUUGGAUCUCAAAAGUUUGUUUGAAUUGUUUGUUGUUGUACUUGUAGAAUGUGCCAUGCUUGGUGCUAUCAAAGAAAUCAGGGAAAACUAUGAAUCAUCUGCAUCUUUAUCAUUAUCUUUGUAGCAAGUAUUUUACAAAUCUCUCAGGAACUGAAGACAGUAUGAAAAACUCUCGGACACCAAUACAGGUCAAAGAUCGUUUUGGGGUCAGUAAAUUUAUAUCUUAGAAAAUAUUAAUUCAAGGGUAAGGAUU